AUGGAGAUCAGCAGACAAGAUACCAGUGAAUCUCAACAACGAAAUACAACACAGCACAGUUUACAUCAAACGAGCAAUUCCAUUGGUUUUUACAAUGUUCGGUAUGGCGACGAUGAUGAUGACGGUACCGACGAUGAACAACGUCGUGGGGCCUCUGCACUGUUUUGCUGUUCUCAAUGCAAAGCUUGCAUGUACGGCUUAUUGAUUGGUGCCUUGUUAGCUGGUAUUGCUUUAUCUGUUCUUUUGGUGUUGUACUUGAAGCCGGUCUCAAGUGAGUAUUCACGAUAG